UCCGCGCCGUAUUUUUGGGUAAAUACGAUCACGUGGGGGCCGGGGAACCAAUGAGCUGCGGGGAAAAGGCUGGAAAAAUAAUUACCUGCCUUGAUUGUUCUGUGAGCAGAUAAAAAGUACAUAUACAGUUCAUACAAUAAUCUUAUGUAUGUAAAACCCUGUUACGAUGUCGGCGACGGGGCCCAUCAGUAACUAUUACGUGGACUCGCUCAUCUCUCACGACAAUGAAGACCUCCUAGCGUCCAGGUUUCCGGCCACGGGGGCUCACCCCGCCGCCGCCAGACCCAGCGGUUUGGUGCCGGACUGUAGCGAUUUUCCGUCCUGUAGCUUCGCGCCCAAGCCGGCAGUGUUCAGCACGUCGUGGGCGCCCGUGCCCUCGCAGUCGUCCGUGGUAUACCACCCGUACGGCCCCCAGCCCCACCUCGGCGCCGACACGCGCUACAUGCGGACUUGGCUCGAGCCGCUGUCCGGCGCCGUCUCCUUCCCCAGCUUCCCGGCCGGGGGCCGUCACUACGCCCUCAAGCCGGACGCCUACCCCGGGCGCCGCGCCGACUGCGGCCCGGGCGACGGCCGCAGCUACCCGGACUACAUGUACGGCUCGCCCGGGGAACUGCGCGACCGCGCCCCGCAGACACUGCCCUCGCCCGAGGCGGACGCACUCGCCGGCAGCAAGCACAAAGAGGAGAAGGCCGACCUGGACCCCAGCAACCCCGUGGCCAACUGGAUCCACGCCCGCUCCACGAGGAAGAAGCGUUGCCCCUACACCAAGUACCAGACGCUGGAACUGGAGAAGGAGUUUCUCUUCAAUAUGUAUUUAACCAGGGACCGUCGGUACGAGGUGGCCCGGGUUCUCAACCUCACCGAGCGGCAGGUCAAAAUCUGGUUUCAGAACCGGAGGAUGAAGAUGAAAAAGAUGAAUAAAGAGAAAACCGACAAGGAGCAAUCCUAAACCCUGCCCCAGCCUGCUGCCUCGGCACAGCCAAGGGAAAAACAAAACAAAACAAAACAAAACAAAACAAAAACCCACACAAAAUACCCCAACCCAGGCGGGAGAGAGCACGAAAAGAAAAGGAAAGAGCAAGAUAGAGAAAAAGCCAAUCAGCUUAAAAAGAGGAAAAAAAAAAAAAAGGAAGGGGAAAAGGAAAACUCUUGCGAUUUGGGAGGGUUCAGGGUUGAGAAAUUGGUGUUUUAGAGUUAGUUCUACCCAGCAAGGAGGAGGAGGCGGGGAGAGAAACCGCGUUCUCUUCUCCCAGCGCAACUGAAAUAAAUGACACACACAAAUGUGA